AUUUCUUCAAUAUUUAUGCAAGCCAGUUUGUCAGCACUUUUACUGCAAAUCAACUUGCUAGUGUUAUGCAACAAAUAUAAAAAAGUCAUGAGUAGAGAGUUGUUUCAUCACCUUUUAGUGUACUCGGGUUGACUAGGGUUGAUAGGGUCCAUUAACAACUGGAUAUUUUUCUGGAUUCUUAAAAUCUGUUACAUUUAUGGCUACCAGCUAAUCACACUUCUUUGAUAGAUGCUUGCUAUGGAUUCCGAUGGAGGUUCUGCAUUAACCAGUGCCCAAAAAGAUGCAUUGAUGGAUAAAGUUAAACAAGAGAUCAUGAUAGCUAACUUCCAAGAGCUCUUACAAAAAAUGACUGAAAAAUGUUUCAAACAGUGUAUUAACAAACCAGGAACAAGUCUUGAUAAUUCAGAACAAAAGUGCCUAGCAAUGUGUAUGGAUAGAUAUUUAGAUGCUUAUAACACAGUGUCAAGAGCAUACAGUACUAGAAUACAACAAGAACACCAUCAAUAGGAUGAAUAAAUAGUUGUGAUAAUAUUACUUUUUGUACGUGUACAAUGGAUUCAUCUGGAACAUAUUGUUUAAUUGUUAAGAAUUUAUGUUAUUUCAAAUAAGAAUGACUUGAACUGCGUUGAAAAAAAUUAAUUUCAUUAAUAUUUAUCAAUUAAAUACAUGAGCAUUUUAUUAUAAUCUAUUAUAUGUAUAAUAGUCUUGUAAAU